AUGGAACUGUCAAAGAAACUUGUUGCUACUGCAUUCUGCCUAGCUGUCACAUUUUUGGUGGCAUAUUCUGAUAAUGUGAACGUGCAAGAAUCUUUGCAGCAGUAUGGUCGGCAGCUAUCACUACCAAGAAAACUCAAACUCCUAGAAGUGGCAAAUGUGAAGGGGUUAGCUUACAAUGGAAUUAUGCUGCAGAAAAGGUUGUUGGAAGAUUCAGCAGGCGAGAAAAGGAUUGGGAAGGAAGACGAAGUGAUGACGACAAAAAGAGGGACAUGGAGAGAAUGGGUAGAGAGCCCCAACAAAUCAGAAUAUUUCACAAUGGAUUAUUCUUGGGUUAGAAGACGACGUCCAAUACACAACAAGCAUAUUCCGCUCAUCCCAUAAAACAUGGAGUUUGCUACCUUGUUAGUACUAGUAUUAAUU